AUGUCUUCUACUGGGAAAUGUGCUGGUUGUCAGAAUAAAAUAACUAAUCGACAGUUUAUGUGUUGUUGUUCAUGUAAACUAAAAUAUGAUUUGGACUGUGCCACGAUUAGUGAAAAAACUUUCAUUUCGUUGGACAAAGAACGUAAAGCUGUGUGGAUAUGUCAUGCAUGUAAAAAUCGUCAACCUAAGAGUGAUAACCAGAACACUCCCAUUCGCGGCAACACAAUGUACUCAGAAGGCUGUAUGGAGAAGGAGACAGAAGAAUUGGCAAGUAAUUUAAAUGUUAAAGUGCGCGCCAAGUCUAACAGGCGGGAGGUCAGCCUUCUACCAGCAACUAUAGAGGAAAUCGGCGACUUGCUUGAUAAUAAAUUAUCGGAUACAUCACCAAUUUUUCGCAAAUUACGAUUGACUAUUCUGGAGGAUAUCAAAACAAUAAUAUCUCAGGAGAUUAAUUUAGCCCUCAAUGAGUUCAAAACCGAGCUGACGCAAGCUACUGACUUUUUAGCUGCUGAACAGGCGGAUUUGAAAGUAAAGGUUGAACAAAAAGACAAAGAAAUUAAAGAUUUACAGACUCAGACUUUAAAACUUAAAAAAGAAGUUUAUACCCUCCAUGGUCGACUGUCUACCAUUGAAAAAAUCUCUAGAGACAAUAACUUGGAAAUUAACGGCAUACAGGAAAAGGCCAGCGAGGAUCUGUUUGGAUUAUUUCACAACCUUUGCAACACAAUUAACUCGCCAAUUGCGGACAGCGACAUUCGUGCCUGUCGCCGUGUGGCUAAGAUGGAUCAAUCUUCGAGCAGGCCCCGUUCCGUAUUAGUGACACUGACAUCGCCGCGUAUUCGUGAUCGUAUCCUUGAAGCCGUUAAUAAGUUUAAUAAAACUCAAAGUGGCAAACUAAACUCGAAACACCUAAAUAUUGAUGGUGCUACUAAUAAAAUAUAUGUCUCUGAACAUAUUUCACCUGAUUGUAAAGCAUUAUUCAGAGAGGCUAGAAGAGUAGGCAAGGAGAAAAAUUUUAAGUUUAUUUGGGUCAAAAGAGGAAAUGUGUACGCUCGCAAAGUUGAAGGUGCUACUCCCGUGCUCAUCAAAAACAUUGAUUGCUUAGUUAACCUAGUUUAG